CGCUUCUCGUUUUGCAGCACUGUGUCUUGCCUACCAUCGAGAUACGAGUGAUGGUAGCCACAGUUUGACUUUCAGACCGUUCGCCGAAUCGACAUUUAUCUCGUUCAUCGGCAGCCUUAAGGGCGAGAAGAGCGUGCGUAUCGGAGGACAGAUGAUGACCGGACCCAAAGACGAGCAAUUUGUUCGAUGAAUCUGUAAAAAGCGCCGCCAACCAUGAGUCUACCGAAGGGCAAACAUCAAACGGGCACAGGACAACAGCCUCAGCAGCGGCAGCAAUACCCUGCUCCACCGGCCGCUUAUGGCGGUCCUCCGCCGACCAAUUUCCCUUACAUCCUUCAGGGGCGGUCACCGCACGAAGCAUCCCGAGUCGGAGCCGAGCAGAGCUACGGCGGCCAGGGCGGCCACUUGUACGGCGCGGCCGCGCAGAACGCCGGCCAGCAAGGCAUGCGGGCCGCUCAAAUGCAGCAACCGCCGAACCCGUCGUCCACUCCGCCUGGACAGCAGCAACCGCAGCAGAUGACCCAGGCUGACCUUGGCAAGCCGACUCACGCGAUGCAGCAGCAGCAGUCCUUACAGGCCACUUGUUACCGAACUGUCCAAGUCUCACGAAGAGAUAUGUACAAUCCUGAUUCUUGGAUUUCAGGCAACACUCACGGAUACCAAUAUCUGCAGCAGCAGCAGCCGAGAGGCGGCCCUCAGCAGUUUUUGACCCGGAAUCAAAUUAACCCCAGGAUGCAGCAAAACCAAAGGCCGGCUCCUAACACAAUGUCACAAACUCCGCUUGGAUACUCGCAGCUGCCGCAGCAAUACAUGAUCAAUUCUGGGAUGGCUGCGAAUCAUCAAAUUUUCCACGUUCCGUAUGCGCCUCAACAGCCAAACCGGAACUUCUUUCCACCGAACGUUCUCCCGUACUAUGUUUUUUCCAAUCAGCAAGCACAGGCCGUAUUCCAUGCACAACCAGGAAUGCAACCAACGAACGUGAUCUACAACACGAUGAGCCCGUCGAUGAUGGUUCGUGGCAGUCUUAACCAGCCCCAGAGCGCGCAGCACGUGAUGCCCGCCCCAGCCCCCGCACCCACGCCGCCUCACCACCAGCAGCAGGUGGUGGCGCCGCAAAUGCAGAGCGCCGGCAUGCCACCGCCGCCACCCCAGCAGCAGCCAAUCCAGCCAAAUCCACCAUCGGCGCGCAGGAAGAACGCCAUCAAAAUCAUCGACCCUGAUUCUGGAAAGGACGUCCUAGAGGAGAUGCAGCAUGAAAAGAACAGCAAUGCCCCAACGCCGCCCCGCUCUGGAGACUCGAGUGCGAGACAGACUCCUCAGCCGAGUCAGGUUGACAACAAUGUGGCGGCUGAAUUUGCUGCCAAGGUGGCUAUUGCUGCCAAUGACUCAGGACGGCCCGAAGAACCGGCACCGGCUCCUGUUAUCGUAGAGGCCCCACGGCCGACGAGCGCAGGGCCGACGAACGGACCGGUGGAAGAGCCGAAACCGAAAGCUAUGGUGUGGGUGGCCCCCGAGCCGGCCAAGGAGACACCGCACGUUGAGACUGUCGCGCUGGAAGCGCCUAAGGAAGAGCUUCCGGCGCCUUCAAAACCUCAAAGACUGCCAAAGCAGCAGCAGCCGUCGCCGCCCGCGCCCGUGCAGCCGCAGGAGGUGCCUGCCGCCCUUCCUGAAGAGCAGCACGCUCCUGAGCAGCUUGACGGUCGGAACCAGUGGCGCCAGUCAAGCCGGAAGCCUCCACAGAAGGAGGCGGCCAGCAAGGAGGCCACCCCCGCCCCCGCCCCCGUGCCCGAGCCCGAGCCCGUGCCCGUACCCGAGCCCACCCCUGUUGAAGUGUCUGAGCCCAAGGUGGCCACGCCGCCAGAGCAGCCCGAGGUUGUGGCUGAACCCAAGGCGCCGAGCCCGCCACCCCCUCAGCAGGCCGCCAAGGAGGCGUCGCCGCCCCACGUGUCGCCGCCCAGCAACGCAAAGACUGCAUCACCGGCCCCUGCUGCUGCGCCUGUUGAGCCAUCUCCUCCGCCUAAGGAGGAGCCCAAAAUGGUCACCGUGGAGGAUAAACUGGUGGCAGCCAAAAACGAGGAGAACGCGAGAGUCGUCUCAGACUCAGUCGCAGCCCCUGCCUCAGACAAUGGCUCAAACACUCCUACUGUGAUCGAGCAGCAGCUUCCAGAGCUGACUUCCAAGUUGGUCUAUUCUGAUGACCAAUGGAGUCCAUCUAAUACGUCGGGAAAAAAGAAGUACGCCAGAGACUUCUUAAUGCAAUUGCAAUAUAACUCGCAAUCUCUGAAGAGGCCGGAAGACCUCCCUAAGCUAGAAGUUGUGAUAGACAAGAGUCGACCAGUGAACACGAGACCCGUGGGUAAUCUUAACAGAACUGAUGCUGGUAAUCUUUUGAUGCCAACUUUCAUGAAUCCAGCUUCGCGUGGGUCUCUAUUGCGCAAGAGCAGCCAGCAGGGCAAACCAAAACCGACAAAGGUCAUUCUCAACCUCUCGCUCAACGAAGACGUCAAGCUGAACGAGACGGAGAACGCGUGGAAGCCCAACGUCCUCAGCCAAACGUCCAAGUCUGACGACGUCAACCUCGAGAACGAGGACCUCUUCAAGCGCUUCCGCGCCGUGCUUAAUAAGCUCACGCCGCAGAAGUUUGAAAUCCUUGUCGAGCAGGUUAAGAAGAUGGAUAUCGACACUAAGGAGAAGUUGAAAGGGGUCAUCGACCUUGUAUUUGAUAAGUCUGUCGACGAGCCUGGCUUUUGCGAAAUGUACGCCAAGUUGUGCUACGUGCUGUCGCGGCUGAACGUGGUCGUGAGCAAGACCAACGACGGCAAGGGCAAGACAGAAGAGGCCUUCAACUUCAAGAAGGAGCUCCUGCACCGGUGUCAGGAGGAGUUCCAGAAGGAGAAGCAAAGCAAGUCGAGACUCAAUGAGCAGAGCCAGAUAUUGCUCAAGGAGAUUGACGAGGCUACUGGCGAUAAGAAGAGGGAACUCAUAGCUCAGCUGGAAGAAGAUGAGAGGCGCAUGCGGAAGAAGUAUGUCGGCGUCAAUAGGUUUAUUGGCGAACUGUACAAAAUGCAAAUGUUGAACGGCAACAUAAUGAUGCAGUGCAUCUGCAAGUUGCUGGAGAGCAGCAAUGAGGAAUCGCUCGAGUGCCUUUGCAAACUAUUGACCACGAUAGGCCAGGACCUAGAGACGCGACAAGAAAAAGAUAAAAAAGUUUGCGAUCUGGAACCGCAAAUCAAGAUUAUGAGGCAGAUCGCAGGCAACAGGAAGAACGGCGUGUCUUCCCGCAUCCGUUUCAUGAUUCAGGACGUUAUUGAGCUGCGCGAGGCUAACUGGAAGUCUCGCCGAGGCGACCAGGCGCCCAAGACGAUGGACGCUAUCGCCAAGGAGGCCGAGCAGGAGCACAUGGCCAUCAACCUUAAUCAACAGACACCAAUGCGUGGCUCCAAAGACGACCGGGACAGGCCUGGAAAGCGUGGUCGCGGAGGCAUGUCUGACGACGGUUGGAUGACAAGCGGAGGUGGCAACCGGUUGCCAUCGAGCAUGCCCAGAUCAGCACCGAUCGACUCUAAUAAACUGAAGCAAAUCAAGCCGCAGGAGGAGCAUAGCUUGGGCUCGCUUGGCUCUCGUGACCAGUUCACCAACUGGAGCAAGGGUAGCAGCAGCUCCAACUCCAAGGGCAAGGUGGAUCCUGUCGUUCCUCAGACUAACAACAAAUACAACCUGCUCUCUCAGGACAUGGACAAACAGCCUCUGAUGACCAUGAGUGGUUCUCAGGGACAAAACUCACGGCCCAGGCGAUCUCGGGAUAACCUGAUCGGCAAAAAUAGUUCCUCAGGUAAUUCAGUUGGGCUAGCCACAAAUGCCGCCGCAACUGACCUUUUGCUGCGUCCAGAAGGUUCCUCGGUGAACCGUCAUAGUCGCUCCAAUUCGCGGGAGGGCUCGCAGCAGCGCCAGGUUGAGGCGCUGGUGGCGCCGCAAGCCAAGGCCAAGCCUGUGGCCAAGGAGGAGGUGCCCAUUCUUGGCGCUGACGAGUUGGAAAAGAAGGCCUCAUUGCUACUCGACGAGUAUCUCAACAGCGAUAACCGAAGCGAAUUGGUUCGGACGAUGCGGUCCGAAAUGAACAGCAGUCAGUACCAAGAGGCGUUGUACUGCUGGAUCAACAGAAGUUUGGACUGGACUGGCACGAAACGCGCCAAGCUGUCGGAAGCGAUGAAGCUGUUGUUUAGCGAAGAGCUGUUCACCACGACGGUGCUGAGCGACAACUUCAAAGAAUUCCUUAAUGUCGCCUCGGAUGCCAUCAUCGACAUCCCCAAAAUUUUCACUUAUUUGGCGGAAAUCUAUGCUCCUCUUAUCGCGAGCGGAGUGGUCACUUUUGCUACUCUCGAAGAAUCGUUUAUGUCUAGUGAUAAGGAUAGUUCCGUUCGAAUGCUGCUAGCGUGCUUCCGCCAUUUAGAAUUGUGCAAGGGUCCCGCUUGGAUACGAACGAACUGGCAGAAAUGCAACAUGCAAUUGCGCAAAUUCUCCUCAGAGGUGGACAAAUUCCUCGCUGACAAUCAUUUGACUUAUUUAUCUGAGAGCAGUAGGGAUUUCCAAGUGGCGACAACCCCUAGAAUGUCGGCCCAGGAGAUGCACGACCGUGUCGUCACUCUCAUUCAGGCAGACAGUCUGGUUUUUGAAGAUGUAUCACUCUACAUCGACGUUAACGUCGGAAAUGAAAUUAAGACUCCUAAGUAUAUCCGUGCCUUGACUACGACGGUUUGUGAAGUUUCAACCUCAAAUGAGCAGCAUAGGCUGAGUGAGGACAUGUUCAACAGAUACAGCCGACUGAUCUGCAAGUACGUGGAUCAGGUUCCGGACCUUGAAAUGCACGCACUCUACGCCAUCCAGGCGUUUGUUACAAGACUGCAGCACCCGCCAACCCUGCUCCGGACGAUCCUGACGCUUCUGCUGGAGGAGAUGAUCUUGUCCAAGGACGCAAUCCGCGCGUGGAUCAACAGUGAUGACGCGGCCGAGCAGGAGGGGCGCGGCGUGGCCCUCAAGUCGAUCCACCAGUUCAUCACGUGGCUCGAGGAGCCCGAGGAGUCUGGCGAGGAAGGCUCCUGAGCCCCCUUGCACGAGUUAGUCAGCAUCGUGGGGCGCUCCCUCUUACCUCAUCCCGUUCCACACCUUUUAACUUGACAAAUUUUGUACUUUAUUAUAUAUACAAUAUUUAUAUCAUAUACACACACGCUGUCUAUUUUCUUCAUGUUCUGAAUUUUAAACACGCGAAAUUGUUUUUUCUCUCUUCUCUGUUGGAGUCUCGCGAUGUUUCCGAUUUGCGAGUUUUGGUUGUCAGCCUUCCCACCCUCUGUCCCGUCCCCUCGCCCCGUUUAGACCCCCUGCGUAGUGUAUUUCGUGCGGAGUCGCGAGUGCGGCAGGCUCGAGGAUUCAAGAAAGUGUCUAUUUAAUAUUACCACUGUGAUAUUUUCCACUUGUCGGAUUUUCUCGGCCCCCCCAGUGUCGGAUCGGUGAAUCAUAGCGCAGGGACUGGACUUGGACGAAUCAUAUUGUUUUUCUCUAUCGUUUGUACGAUGCCUCCCGAUCGAAAAGGACUUCUCGAAAGUGUGCAUAUAUAUAUGGAGGAGCCGAUUUUGCAACGUGACUCAACUAAGCGGCAGCGACACGGAAUUUCGUCUCCGCAAAUGAUUGAAACUUUCCCUCACAAAGCGACGCAAAUGUAGCUAAGGGCCAGCAAGACACUCCCUUCCUCCCCCCCCAACGAAAACUCCCGCGAUUGAAAGGAUUUGUUAAAACUUUAUGUCACUUAGUCUGUAUGAUUAAACAAUUAUGUUCUUUAACAAACUGGAGGAGUUAUCAUUAUGGAACGAAUGACUACAAGGACAAACUAUGCAAGCGGCGCGUCAAGCAACUACGGAUUUGCUAUCAAAGAAACGUUGAACGUUAAGAAAAAUUAUGCAUCCGCUCAAAAAAUAAACAAAAAAUCAUGAAAAAAAAUAUACUACAAAAA